GAACAACAAUCCAAGAAACAGUGGUCAGGCCCGUAUCUACCUGUACGGAAAACACACAUCUCCAUACACUUUGUCCAUCAAGAUGAAAGUAAGCAAUUCCCUGUUGGAAAUAAGUCGUAAGGCAUUUACUGGUUAUCCUGAGUAUUAUACAUGUCAGAAUCAUAUUCCUGCUGUGACAUAUGGACAGGUGUAUUUAGGUCCGCAACCUGGUCAAUAUCCCAGUAAGCAGUUUGAGACAGACCAAAGGUCACCUAAAGGAAGAGAAUUUUCAAAGGUUGUUAAGUAUUUAAGAUUUACGUCAAUCCAGACAAGCUGUGGUUGCUGGUUUCUUAUACUUAGUGGACUGAUGGAUGAUAUACCACAAGUUGAUCUUUGCAUCCAAGGAGCUGUUGUGAAUACUGCUCUACAGAUAUGUUGUAUUACUUCUCCAGCAAGCGUUAAAUAAGUCUUGAUAUACUGUGGAUUUUCCCAGCAUAAAAGCUGUCUUGUUGAAGCAGGAAAAAUAAGUCUUGAUAUACUGAUGUAAUGUAUGUGGAUUUUCCCAGCAUAAAAGCUCUUGUUGAAGCAGGAAAAAUAAGUCUUGAUAUACCGAUGUAAUGUAUGUGGAUUUUCCCAGCAUAAAAGCUGUCUUGUUGAAGCAGGAAAAUAGAGAUGAUUCUGCACAUACAAGUAAACUGUUGACUACUGUCUUUUUUUUUCUCACACAUUGAGCAGCCUGAUGACAGAUGAAUGAGUUCCUGUAUCACCAAGAAUGGUAGCCAGGUUGUCAACUAAAGAUGUUCAGUUUGAUUCAUAAGUCCCUGAUCAAGUGUUCUGCAAGUGUUAAUGCUUAUUGUCAGCAGAUUUAUUUUUAUUUAUUUAGUAAAGUUAUAAAAUGUA